GUCAGGGGUCAAUCAAGCAAGGUCAUCGGAAUCUGAUUCAAUGAAAUGUGAAAUAUUUUACGCAAUUUAGGACUACUGGUUCAAUAAUUGGAUAUAAAAGAAGUUGGGUCAGCCUUAAGCCUACUAUGUUUUCCACUUAGUUGUUGAACCAUGGGAUUGGAAAGACAGGAUGUUUUGAAACUGCGUUAAAUGAGAGGCAUAAAAUAAACAUUUACAAAACAACAGACAUAUAAAGUAGAAUCUCGGACAGCAUUUAGUGACUGGCCAGUGCAAUAAUUGCUUGGUACAAUUCAACACAGAGACUUAAUAAAAAGGAAGAACGUCACAGAAUUGCCGUCAUAUUGCUGAGGUGGAUAAAGUCAUAUCAUAUUUCAUGUUUGAAAUCAGCUAGCCAUGAUGUCUGUAAGAAGAAUUCAAAGAUGUAGAAAUUAUUCUGUAAAAUAUCCUGGGACAGAUCUACAGCUAUCUUGAUUUGAGGAAGAAUGCUGUUGCUAUAGUGAUGGGGUGCUUCUACUCUACCCAGAAUGCCAAUGAUACGAACCCACGGAUGUUCCGUGUAUUUAACGUGGAUUCACAAGGACAGGAACUUAAUCCAGGGAACAUCGAAAUCACAGACAAUGAGCUGAUUUUAUAUCAACGUGGGAAAGAACCAAUCAGGUGGCCUUUAAGAUGCUUAAGACGAUAUGGAUUUGAUGCUGAUUUGUUCUCAUUUGAAAGUGGACGCCGUUGCCCUACAGGGCCAGGAAUUUAUGCGUUUAAGUGUCGUAGAGCGGAAAAUUUGUUCAAUGUUCUGCAGGAGGCUAUACAGCGUGCAGGACAGGAGGAGAAUACUAGGCCCUCUAUGUUGUUUGAAACAGCAUCAACGAACAGUCGGCCUGGGUCGAUGAUUGAAUUAGAACAACAGCAGCAUCUGAAUGGAGCCUUUGUAUCGUCAGAAUCCCCCGCUAAUGGUAAUGUUGGCUACAUGCAGCCUCAGAACACUACACAGCCAUCAUCCCCCCAUUAUGUAAAUGGGCAUGUUGGUACCACACCAGCUACAACCGCAAUCAACCACAUACAAUCCAAUCACAUGAAUCCAACUGAUUUAGAUGGCCCCGGACAUGAAUAUAUGAACACUGCGCCUCUACCCAUUGCCCAGAAAAACUGGCCAGCUGCUAGGCCUAAUGGAAAUGGUGUCUCUGCUACUGAAAUACUUGUUGAUUUUGCAGAAGAGAAUGUACGUGAGGUUCAAUCUGACGUAAGGACAAUUAAUUACGCCAUCUUGGAUUUACCUCGGAGUACCGAAAAUUUAUCCUCAACAGGAGGUGCUACAAAGGAUUUACAAUAUGCUGACCUUGAUCGUGACGUGCUUUCUGGGGCAGCAGCCACGUUACCAAAACCAAAUACACCGCCAACUGGAUCCAAAAGUUUAAAUUACGCUGAUUUGGAUCACAGUUGUGAUGAGGCCGUGGGCCCAACAUAUGUUAAUAUAGGAAGUGAUGUGAAACCAUUGAGUAAAAAACAGCAAAGAGUUGAGCCUGGGAAAAAAUUGACAUUGCCACGGCAACAGUCAAGUGACGAACAGCAUAGUUACGCCAAUCUUGAGAUAAUCGCAUCCAAUAAUAUAAAAAAGGAACAGGGCUUGAAAAAAGUCAACUACAUUCAACUAGAUCUUGAAAAAGCCAAUGAUAGUCAGUCAGUUGGACCGAGCACAACACCUACAUCACCCAAAAGUAUGACUUCGGGGCUAGAAUCCCCUAGUCGGCGUACAGAAAUGUACACAAUGAUUGAUUUCCACAAAACUGAAGCUUUGUCAAAAACCCAACGGCCACAAGGUGAUGAUGCUGGUGCCCGGAAAACACGUCACAAUAGUACUGUUGGAAUGUAGGCGAUAUUCAGUAAUGACUGAUGAAAUGUCUCAAUAUUCUUGAGUGUAGUCAAU